GCACGGGCUCGCUCCCCGGGGGGCAGUUGGCGGCGGGAUCGGGCGCUCAGGUCCUGGAUCGUAGAGCGGCCCCGGCUGCUAGGCCGACGCCUCCGUUGGCGGAGACCCACACGAAGGACCGCGUGGCAAAGCCGCCGGACGGAGCCUCUGGGCUCACACAGUUCUGCUCGGGAGGAAGAGGAAGAAGGGAAAGAGAUCCAUUUACCAGAAGGCUGAAGGUGGCCUGAGGGCCAGAUUCUCAGACCCAGGAUGCCCCUACCUGAGCCCAAUGAGCAGGAGAGUGAGCGUGUGAAAGCUGGCCAAGAGCCAUCUCUUGGAGCCAGGAAGCCCCAAGAGCCCUCCAAUUUGGUCCUGGCCGGGGAUAAAGGGGGAUCCAAACCAACUGGUGUCGUGUCCCUGGAGAUGCCAGGUCCUGCCACCCUAUCCAGCAACACCUCCCAGACUUUGCCUGCCAAGAAGCAGGGGCGGAUAAUUCACCGGAAACGUAGCAGGGUAGAUGCAGCUACCCCUCAGCCCCUGGAGUUCCUGAAGACCCAAUAUGGGGGCCGCCUUCUGGUGCACAAAUCAUUCCUGUACAAGCAAGAGAAGGCUGUGGGGGACAAGGUGUACUGGAAGUGCCGACAGCACUCAGAGCUAAGCUGCCGGGGACGGGCCAUCACCCGUGGCUUCAGAGUCACAGUGAUGCGGGACCAUUGUCACCCACCUGAUGAGGCGGGCCUACAGGUUCGGCGUCAGAAGGAGAAGCCACCUAGCUCAGACCUGCCUGAAGGCUCUGAAGGACAAGAAGAUGGGGUGAGCCUAUGGCUGUACCCUGUGGAGCCAGAGCCCACCCCUCAGCAAAGCAUUGAAGCCCCAGAAGAGGACCAGGGGUACCGAUCCCUGGCGCUGGAGAGCUUGCCUCCCAAGAAACGCCCCACACCAGGAGUGGUACGGUAUCGGCCCCUUGAGUUCCUGAAGACAUGCUAUGGGGGCACUUUCCUGGUACAUCAGUCCUUCCUCUACAAGCGGGAGAAGACUGUGGGGAGCAAGGUGUACUGGACCUGCCGGGAGCAUGCAGUCCAUGGUUGCCGUAGCCGUGCCAUCACCCAAGGCCAGCGAGUGACAGUGAUGCGCAGCCACUGCCACUCACCUGACAUGGAAGGUCUGCAGGCCCGGCGACAGCAGGAAAAGACCAUAAAGAAGAUACAGGCACGGCGAAUUGGUGCUGGGGACUUGGAGGAUUGCGAUGACAUCGAGGACACACUGCUCCAAGGGGUGGACAGCCUGUUCUACCGCAGGGGGCAGGGCACACUGACUCUCAGUAGGUCCAGGUCCAGGUCCAAGUCCAGGUCUAAGUCCAAGUCCAAGUCAAAGUCCAAGUCCAAGUCCAAGUCCAGAAAACGAGCAAGGAAGAAUCAGGAAUCCUUUCAGGAACCCCCCGAGCAGGAGGACCAGGAUGUGGACCCCAGAGGCCCAGAAUUCCUGAGGACCCCGCUAGGGGGCAAUUUCCUGGUGUAUGAGUCCUUCCUCUACAGGAGGGAGAAAGCAGCUGGUGAGAAGGUGUACUGGACUUGCCGGGAUCAGGCACGAAUGGGCUGCCGCAGCAGAGCCAUCACUCAGGGCCGGCAGGUGACUGUGAUGCGAGGCCACUGUCAUCCACCGGACCUGUUAGGAUUGGAGACUCUGAGGCAGCGGGAGAAGCGCCCUGGCCCCUCUCAGUGGGAUGGCCCAGAAGGGCCAGAGUUCCUGAAGACCCCUCUUGGGGGAAGCUUCCUGGUGUAUGAGUCCUUCCUCUAUAGGAGGGAAAAAGCAACUGGCGAUAAAGUGUACUGGACUUGCAGAGACCAAGCACGUAUGGGCUGUCGUAGCCGUGCCAUUACACAGGGCCAGCGGGUGAUGGUCAUGCGCCGGCACUGCCACCCACCUGACAUGGGUGGCCUGGAAGCCCUGCGGCAGCGAGAGAACUUCCCUAACGUAACCAACUGGGAAGGCCCAGAGCCUCUGCAGCCACUGGAGUUCCUGCGGACACCUCUUGGAGGCCGGUUCCUGGUGUAUGAGUCCUUCCUGUACAGGAAGGAGAAGGCUGCCGGUGAGAAGGUGUACUGGAUGUGUCGGGACCAGGCUCGUCUGGGCUGUCGCAGCCGUGCCAUCACCCAGGGCCGGCGGGUCAUGGUGAUGCGGAGCCAUUGCCACCCACCUGACCUGGAUGGCCUAGAGGCCCUGCGGCAGCGAGAGCGGGAGCAGCAAGAGCGGGAGCAAGAACAGGAAAGGGAGCGAGAGCAGGAGCUAGAGAGGGAGAGAGAGCAGGAGCAAGAGCGGGAACGGGAGCGGGAGCGGGAGCGGCGCUCCAGUGUAGCCAAGAAGAAAAAGAAGAGGAGGAAGAAGAAAAGAACAACGAAGAAGAGUAAAAACUGAAGAGCUGGUCCCAGUGAGGCGAGUCUUCUCUGAAGCAACAGAGGAGCAGCUGACAUCCCAGAUGCAGGCAUUUCCCAUCCGCUCAGAUUUGCUUGACAACUCCCUUCACUCUUCCAAAGCAUUGACGACCUUCACAUUUCCUCAGAGGUCUCCCAGGAGGAGUGCUUUGACUUUGGGUGGUACCUUGUGUUGGCAAAAAAAUAGUGCCAAGAGCUGAUGGGUGGCCUGCAGACCUGUGCCAUGCUGCUGUCACCUUUAUGACCUUAGACAGCUGUGGAGAAUUGUGUCUGGACUGAUAUACCUCGACCCCACUCUGCUGUCCAGGCCUCAGCACCAUCUGCUUCCAGAGCAUGCAGCCUUGCAGAGAGCUUUCCAGUGGGGUAUGACCCUUCAUAAGCUUCAUAAAGUUCAGCAAAAUGAAUUUGUCCUCAGGCAGGAUAUGUACGGGAACUUCUUGCCACCCUCUGAAGACAGUGCAAGUCACAAUGGGUUUUUUGUUUUUGUUUUUUGCAUCUUUUAGGGACAGGUGCCUUCCUGGUCUUGUCUCUUGCUGCUUAGGAGGACACAGCCAGCCCCAACCAUGACAGAGCAGGCCAGGCUUAAGGCUUCGCUAUUUCUGACAGAUUUUGAGUCUUGCAUUCUGUCCCAACUUAAAGUAAAUCUAUGCCCACAGUUCUCAUGGCAGCAGAAGUUCCUAGCAAUGGGAGCCAGCCUAGAUAUCAGGAAGAAGUGACACCAGAUAGGCAUGGUCCAGUGGCAGCUGCACCACUGAGAAUUGCCCACAUGGUGUCGCCUGAUGCACAAGGAGAGUUACAUGGCACCAAAGUCUGCCUCCUAUAGAAGAGUUUAGCAGAAUUUAGAGAGCCAUGCUAGAAGUGGCACUGUAACAUCCCUGGGAACUGCAGAACUUUCUGCAUGCUACACCCUAGACAGAGCUGUCCUUAACCCUGUCCUAGAGCUGCAUGCUCCUCUCCUUUAGCAAGCAAGCCAUGAAGCAGCCACCCCUGUGGGAUAGUGAUGGCCUAGUGCCUACCCCUGGCUUCUGCUCAUCUGCUUCCCUCAAUAAACCCUAUUUAGUCUCA